AUGGAGGACUACGAAGAAGGCGGCGAAAACAAAGGCGAAGAGACCCCCUCAGAUCUAUCGGUCAGGAAUUCGCCCUCUGCCGCUGCCGGCAGGAAAUCCUCGCUCAACAACGGCGUCGGUGGCGAGAACACAAAGCUCACCGUUCCGCUCGGAGAUUCGGUGGAGUGGCAACGGACAAUCGAGAAGGUCGUCAAAAGCGUCGUCUCGAUUCGGUUUGCGCAGAUUGCGAACUUUGACUGCGAGUCCGCUCUCGUUAGUGAGGCUACUGGAUUCGUGGUCGAUGCCGAACGGGGACUCAUAAUGACUAACCGACAUGUCGUCGGAGCUGGCCCUUUCACCGGAUUUGCAGUCUUUGACAAUCACGAGGAGUGCGAUGUUCAUCCACUCUACCGCGACCCCGUUCACGAUUUCGGCAUUCUGCGAUUUGAUCCCAAAGCCGUAAAGUACAUGGAAGUCAGUGCGCUCGAACUGCGUCCCGACCUUGCCCGAGUCGGAUCAGAGAUUCGGGUUAUCGGUAACGACGCGGGAGAAAAGCUCUCGAUCCUUUCCGGCUUCAUCUCGCGACUCGAUCGAAAUGCUCCGGACUACGGUGACCUGACCUACAACGAUUUCAACACGGAGUAUAUCCAGGCAGCUGCGAGCGCUAGUGGUGGGUCUAGUGGCAGUCCUGUUGUCAACAUCGAUGGAUAUGCCGUCGCGAUACAGGCAGGUGGAAGCAGCGAGUCGUCGACAGAUUACUUCUUGCCGCUCUAUAGAGGACUCCGAGCUCUAAAGUGCGUCCAGAGCAAUGAACCAAUCACUAGAGGUACAAUCCAAGUCCAGUGGUACUUGAAACCUUUUGACGAGUGCCGAAGGCUGGGACUUGUUCCAGAGACCGAAUCUCUCAUCAGAAAGAAAUUCCCCGACAGCAUUGGCAUGUUGGUUGCCGAGACAGUCUUACCAGAAGGCCCAGCAGACUCACUGAUCGAGGAAGGAGACUGCCUUGUGAGCGUGAACGGUGAGCUUCUGACCAAAUUCGUUCGACUUGAUGAGAUUCUCGAUGCAUCCGUCGGCGAGAAGAUUCAGAUCGUGAUCCAGCGAGGCGGCGUGGACUUUGAGAUCGAGGUCAAGGUGGGCGAUUUGCACGCAAUCACCCCGGAUCGAUACGUCGAAGUCGCGGGCUCUACUUUCCACAACCUCAGCUACCAAAUGGCGCGGCAGUACGCGAUCCCCGUGCGAGGAGUAUACGUCGCCGACCCUUCGGGCUCGUUCAGACUCGACCGCGACCGGGGCUGGGUCUUGGAGAGUAUCGACAAUAAGCCUACACCGGAUCUGGAUACGUUCAUUGAGGUCAUGCGGACAAUCAGAGAUUGUCAGUGGGUGGCGGUUACGUGCCGCAAUAUCCAGGACAUGCAUACGAGCAGUACGUCGAUUACGUUUAUAGACAGACAUUGGACGGGCCAGUUCAGGCUCGUGACUAGAAACGACAAGACCGGGUUAUGGGACUACACACCUCUUGGAGACCCGCUCCCCCCACUCCCGCUCAAGCCACAGUCUGCGAACUUUACCGAACUCAACAACCGAAACAUUGGAAAGGCUGCGGAUCUGAUCCGGUGCUUUGUGAAGGUGACUUGCCUGAUUCCAAUCAAGAUCGACGGAUUCCCGCGGUCGGUGAAGUACGGCCAAGGUCUUGUCGUCGACGCGGAGAAGGGUUUAGUGGUCGUCGCGCGCAGCAUCGUACCUUACGAUCUCUGCGAUAUCAUCAUCACCGUCGCGGAUUCGGUCAUGGUCCCAGGAAAAGUUGUCUUCUUGCAUCCCUCACAGGGUUGGGCGGUGGUUUCGUACGACUCGAGCCUUGUCGAGGCGCCGGUCGAGUCUGCGGUCCUGAGCAAAGAACCCGUCCAGAGAAACACGUCGACGAUCUUUAUGGGAUUCAGCGCCAACAGCCGGAUGCUGGUAGCGCAAACUACAAUUACGGACGUGUCGACGAUGUCGGUACCGGCAAACAGCCAGACCCCGCGGUACCAUGCCAUUCUGAUUGAUGGCGUGACGGUGGACACAGUUUUGGGCGGACAGUGCGGAUCAGGUGUGCUGGUGAACACAGACGGCGUGGUGAACGCUCUAUGGCUCACGUUUUUGGGCGAGCGGAAUGCAAACAGUGGUCGCGACGUCGAGUAUCGAGUUGGAAUAGUGACUUCGGCGAUGUACGACAUUCUGGAGAAGCUGAAGUUAGGCGAGCAGCCUAAACUGCGGAUUUUGGACGUCGAGCUGAGUACUAUCCAAAUGAACCAGGCGCGGAUCCGGGGGGUGUCUGACGAAUGGAUCCAAAAGGUCGAGGAAGUGAACAGUGAACAUCAUCAGCUUUUCGCCGUGAAGAAGAUUACACUGAUGGAGAGCGAUGUGAUUUUGAGCGUGAACGGACAGCCGCUGACGCGAGUCUCCGAGCUCGACGUGGCGUACUACAACGAAUACUUGGACAUGACAGUCGUGCGGAAAGGGCAAGAAGUACAGUUAAAGGUGCCGACGGUGUCGACCGACAACCUCGACACGGACCGGAUCGUGGUCUGGUGUGGCGCGAUUCUUCACGAACCCCACCACGCCGUGCGCCAGCAGAUCCGCAAGUUACACUCCGGUGUGUAUGUCUCCGCGCAGAUGGCGGGUAGCCCGGCGUACCAGUACUGCAUGGCGCCGACCUCCUUCAUCACGCACGUGGACGGCAAGCCUACGCCUGACCUCUCGAGCUUUUUGGAAAUCGUCGCAAAGAUCCCUGAUAACACGUACACGCGUCUACGAAUCGUUUCAUUCGAGAGCGUGCCGUUUGCGAGCUCGGUCAAGUCGAACAUGCACUACUUUCCUACCUUGGAGCUCGUGAAGGAUAAACAGGUCGCGGGCAGUUGGAAGCGGUUCACAGAAGACAGGAUGGGGAAGAGAGGGAAGGAAGAGGAGCUAGGACAGAAGCGAUAA